CACAAAGGUUUAAUUUUGAAAGGAAAGAUAUAAAAUAUGAUUGCAGACGAAGAAAACAACAAUAACAAUAACAACAACGAAGAAAAUGAUAACAAUAUUAAUAAUAAUAAUGACAACAACAAUUAGAAUAUGCAACCUCAAGGAUAGGAAUUCUAUCCUGGUUCUUAUUUCAGUUCUUUUUUGAUUGAUGGAUAUGCAGAGGAUAAAUAUAAAAAUACAGUAACGCAGAUAUGCUAAAACAAAAAUUUACAUCUGUUAAUAGGAUUAUUAGAGUGUUUAGUUUGCAACUCUAUUAUUGUUUUUUAUUAUUUUACACAAUUGUAUGCUGCUUUUUUGGCUAUGAUUGCUAUUUUGGGUUUGCAAAUUAUUUUAACAUUUCUUUAGAAUUUGACUUGCUAUAAGCAAAACAGCAAAUCGAUAGCUGGAAAUAUGUACGCGUACUUCCUUUUGGAUUUUAUUCUUUCUGCUCUUUCUUUGGAUGUUCUUCUUUUUAUCAGGUUUUGCUUAUUAGAGGCUGAUAAAAUUUAAAAGACUGAAAAGAUCUUUUUCCUUUAGAAUUUCAUUUUGAAGUUUGUUAGAAGAUUUAUAUUGAAAAUAUUCUUCAGCUUCGCAAGAUCUGUUGUUAUUAUUACUUUCUUUAUAUUGAAUACUAAUUUGGAAAAAAAACUGAGUCUAAACAGUUGUUUCAUGCUAGCUUAUAUAUUCUUGAAUAUGAUCAUUUCAGCUUUCUUCUUAUUUAGUUACGCAACGCUUUUUAUUUUCUCUAUAAAAUAAUCUAUUAUACAGCAAAUAAUAACUUUUUUUGAGAUAUUAAUUGAACUGACUAUGUCGUAUUGUAUCAUCACAUUCUAGAUUUAUAACUUUUUCUUGAUAUACAUUACUUAUAUGCUAUUUGCUAUUUAAUAUUUUUCUUUUUACUGCAAGUCACCAUAGACUAACUUUCUUUUUAAUCCUAUGAAUUUAUCUAUAUUUGGUUUGGUCUUCAUGGCAUUUAAGAUAUCUUAUCUUUCUUCUCUCUAUAACUGCGAUCUAUAUUAGUAUGAGAUGCUCAUCAUAAACAAAAAAAACUAAUUUAGCUAUGCUUUUUAUAAUUUAUACUUAGGAGGAAUCUAUACAAUAUUGUUUUAUUUAUUUUAAGGUAAUUAUCCUACACCAAUCCCAUAGUUAUUAUUAUUCUGUGGAUUUUAUAGUGGAGUCUUAAUGAUAAUUAAAUUUUUCUUAAUUGUAAAAAUGACUAAACAAUGUAAAGUUUAUGACUUUAGCUCAAUAUAACAAGUUGAGUAAUUAAAUACAAAAUAAGAUUAUAAAUGCAGAUUAACUUUAAAUUUUAAGUUCUAACUUAAAAAAGAUGAUUUCAUGAAAUUAACAAAAUACAUUGACUUCAACUCCUAAUUUUGUUAGAUAAAUUUUGAAAAUUAAUUUUCUAUAGAAUUGGUUCAUAAUUUUUGUAGGAUGAAAAUAGUUGAUUUAAAAUCAGAAGAAAUAAGUUAAUUUUUUGGAUAUUUCAUGUCAAAAUCAUCAUUUUUCUCUGUUUAAGCUUUACAAGUAGAACAAGAUUUUAAAAAUAACUAUUAAGUUUGCUCUAAAAUACUUUCCUGUCUCAGAUAAGUCUCCAUAGUAGACCAAACAAAAUUUAAUUUAAAAGACUCCGACUUUCUCAUGAUCCUUCGUAGUUAGGAAUACUAUAAUAAUCUACAACAUUUCUUGAGAUAUUUUAAUGUUGAAAAAGUUAUUAUGGAUUUAGUAACUUUCUACAAAUAUAUUUCUAUCUAUUAAUACGUAAAUCCAUCUAACAUUAUCUACGAUCUUUACGAUAUCUGAUAAAUUUCAAG